AUGGAUGCACAAGUAGUUGUACAAAUGAUUCAAGAGGGCCAUCAGGGUUCUUCUAGGAUUCGGUAUUUGCUUGCUUCAAUCCGUAGAUGCUUGAGUGGUUUGUCUUUUCGUAUUUCACACAUUCAUAGAGAAGGGAACCAGGCUGCAGAUCAUCUCUCAAAUCAGGGGCAUACACUCCAAAAUCUGCAGUUGGAAGUCAAGUCGGAAACGAGAGGAGUUGAAGUGAACACCUCGAUUCAAGUUGGGGUGAUUCUUGAUUUGAAAUCACCGCUGGGUGCCAUGGCUGAGAUAUGCAUUUCCAUGGCAGUCUCGGAUUUUUAUGAUGGCCAUUCUGAUUAUCAGACGAGACUGGUUCUAAAUACGAGGGAUGCACAUGAUUCCGUUGGGAUGGCUUCUUCAGUUGUAGACUUGCUGAAGAAUGAGCAAGCGCAUGCCAUUAUAGGGCCACAGUGGUCAGCGGAGGCUAAAUUUGCGAUUGAACUAGGUGAAAUGGCUCAUGUUCCCUUGGUUUCAUUUUCUGCAACAAGCCCUUCACUUUCUCCAACCCAAAAUACUUACUUCAUCCGAACAGCCCAAAACGAUGCCUCCCAAAUCAGGGCCAUUGUGGCCGUUUUGAAACAAUUUGGAUGGCCUCAAGUUGUUCUAAUACAUGAAGAUACAGAAUACGGCACUGAGAUAGUUCCUUAUUUAUUUGAUUCAUGGCGGGAGAACGACAUUGGCUUAGCAUACAAAAGCAAGAUUUCUUCUUCUGCCACGGAUUACGAAAUUUCAAGAGAACUAAACAAGUUGAGGGCCCUGCAGACAAAGGUAUUUUUAGUGCACAUGACUAGUUCUCUUGGGUCUCGUUUAUUUAGCCUGGUGGAUAAGGCUGGAAUGAUGAGUAUAGGGUACUCAUGGCUUAUAACUGAUGGCAUAUCAAAUUCAUUGGAAGACAUGGAUCCUGCGGUUAUUCAUUCAAUGGAAGGCGUGUUGGGAGUAAAGCCCCAUGUGCCUGAGACACACGUUGUCAAGACUUUCAAAAAGAGAUGGCAAAGGAAUCUCCAUUUGUUAAAGCCUAAUAGUUCGGUAGGUGAGUUAAACAUCUUUGGUUUUUGGGCAUAUGAUACAGUCUGGGCAUUAGCCACAGCAGCAGAGAGGAUUGUGCCAGUAAAUCCUACUUUCUUGAAGGUAGGCACUAAUGGAAGUGUGAUGGAUCUUGCAAAUUUAAGUAUUUCUAAGAUUGGUCCAAGAUUUCUCAGUGAGAUCUUAAACACCAAAUUCAAAGGACUUGGUGGAGACUUUCACUUGGUUGAUGGGCAGCUACAACCUUCAGUAUUUGAAAUAUUCAAUGUAAUUGGAAGAGGACAACGAAUCGUUGGAUUUUGGACCCCGAAGGAAGGAAUAUCACCAGCGCUAAGUUCAACUGAAAGAGUAGCUAGCUCAGGUCUUAAAAACAUCAUAUGGCCUGGAGACUCGACAGAAGUACCAACAGGCUGGGCUAUACCCAUGUUGAGAAUUGGUGUUCCAGUGAAAACAGGUUUCACCCAGUUUGUGAAAAUAGACAAGAAUGGUGCAGAUGAGAUCCGCUGCACAGGGUUCUCCAUAGAAGUUUUCGAAGCUGCAUUGAAGAAAUUGGCUUUCAAUGUUUCUUAUGUAUAUGUUCCCUUCAUGAAUGACGAGGGAAAGAGCAAUGGUUCUUAUAAUGACCUUCUCCACCAGAUUGAGCACAAGAUUGUUGAUGCAGUGGUGGGAGACACAACAAUUAUUGCCGACCGGACAUCAUAUGUUGACUUCACAUUGCCUUACACAGAGUCACGGAUAGUAAUGGUCGUACCCAUCAAACAUGAAAAAUCCCUGUGGAGUUUCUUGCAACCUUUAGGUUGGGAUCUUUGGUUUACAAUCAUUGGAUCUUGCAUCUUCUUUGGUCUCGUCAUUCGGAUUAUGGAGCGCCAUCACACCGCAAACACAAGAUUUGGAGGGCCACCUAGUCGACAGCUUGGCAUGAUCUUUUGGUUUCCAUUCUCAUCUCUAGUCUUUCCUCAAAGGGAGCUGCUACUCAAUGACUACUCCAUAUUUGUGCUGGUCAUGUGGUUGUUUUUGGCAUAUAUCUUGAUGCAGAGUUACACAGCAAGCUUGUCUUCAAUAUUGACGGUGGAUCAGUUGCAUCCCACAUUCUUUAGUGUCCAAAACCUCAAAACAAAAGGUUACAAUGUUGGAUACCAAAACGGUUCCUUUGUGCUAGACUUCUUAAAGAAUCGGUUGAAGUUCGAUGAGUCCAAACUCAAGGCAUAUGACACUAUUCAGGAUUAUGACAAGGCCUUGUCAGAGGGAAGUGAACAUGAUGGAGUUGCUGCGAUCUUCGAUGAGAUUCCUUUUAUCAGGCUUUUCCUUGAUAAAUAUGGUUCAAACUAUAUGAUAACUGGACCGACGUAUAGGACUGACGGGUUUGGAUUUGCAUUCCCAAGAGGCUCCCCUCUAGUCCCUUAUAUUUCAAGGGCAAUCUUGAAAGUCAGAGAGGAUACAAUAAUGGAUAACAUUGAGAAAAAGUAUUUUAAGCAUCAGGUUACAUCUUUAUAUUCAGCUGCUCCAAUCUCUGCAGAUAGUCGUAGUCUUAGUUUACAUAGCUUCGGUGGUCUCUUUAUCAUCACAGGGAUUGCCACAUUGUUAGCCCUGGUCAUUUCAGAAGGCUAUUUUUGGGAAAAACCUGUUUCUAUGGCAAAAAAAUAUGGUCAAAGAUAUCUUUCCUCUCGAGCUUCCAAUAUUGAAACUAAACUGGUAGCUCAUUCAACAACUGUGAUGAAUGCUAGUACACAUUCGCUUGAUGAAAUUCAAAUUAAUUCAGGGGAUUCUUCUGGAGUUUCUGACCUCAGUGACGGAAGUGUUCAUCAAGAAAAUGAGUAAAAGAAAUGGAAACUGAAGACGAAUGUCACUCAUCGUAGCUUGGUCUUCUAAUUGCAGCUGUCAAUCCCUAGAUACACAUUAACAUAUAUAUUAUGUUUGUUUAUUGUUAGUGACUUGAUCCGUAUAUAUCAUCUUUAGCAGUAU